CUUGGCCACCACACAAAAUGUUUUCCGUAGCCUCAAGACAAGCCGCUCGAUGCGCCGCCAGGCACCAAUGCCGCGCCUUUAGCUCCACCCCCGCUGUUGGAGCUGCUGCGGAGGUGAAGAAACUGGGUGUAGUGGGAGCAGGUCAAAUGGGUCUUGGAAUAGCCCUCGUAGCUGCACAAAAGGCUUCGGUGCCCGUACGACUAAUCGACACCUCGCAAGCCUCCAUCGACAAGGGCCUCAAGUUCGCCGACAAGCUCCUCGAAAAAGAUGUCGGCAAAGGGCGAAUCUCCAAGGAAGACGCCGCAGCAGCACGAGAGCGCCUCACGUCGAGUACCACGCUGGACGACCUCUCUGACGUCGACUUUGUUAUUGAAGCCGUGCCCGAAAUCCCAGACCUGAAGCACAAGAUCUUCUCGCAACUGGCGCAAAUCUGCCCUUCGCACGCCAUCCUCGCCACAAACACUUCGUCCAUUUCCAUCACCAAGAUCGCAGCGAGCACUACAACGGACCCGACGGACCUCUCUGCCUCGUCGCGCGUCAUCAGCACCCACUUCAUGAACCCUGUGCCCGUGCAAAAAGGCGUAGAAAUCAUCAGCGGUCUGCAAACCUCGCAGGACACCAUCGACACGGCCAUUGCCUUUUGCGAGAAGAUGGGCAAGAUCCCGUCCAAAUCUGCCGACUCGCCCGGUUUCCUCGCCAACCGCAUCCUCAUGCCGUACAUCAACGAGGCCGUCAUCUGCCUGGAAACGGGAGUGGGCGCAAAGGAGGAUAUUGACAGUAUCAUGAAGAACGGAACAAACGUGCCCAUGGGUCCGCUCCAGCUAGCCGACUUCAUCGGCAUCGACACCUGUCUGGCCAUCAUGCAGGUCCUGUACCACGACACGGGCGACUCCAAGUACAGGCCCGCCGUUCUACUCAAGAAGAUGGUAGAUGCAGGCUGGCUCGGCAAGAAGAGCGGAAAGGGCUUCUACGACUAUUAGCAUGUAAAAAUCAAAACCAAGAUUGA